CGAGCAGCAUUCCGGUUACAAAACAACAGCUGAGCUAAAACAAACACUCCGACUGGACUUAAAUUUAGUUUGGCAGCGAAUGGGGUUUGAUAAGUUCUGCAGUGUGAACAGGUCCGACCCGUUUUGGGACUGGAACCGUACAUGGCACACAGAUAACCCCGACCUCACCCAGUGUUUCCAGAACACUGUGCUAGUGUGGCUGCCAUGCCUCUACCUCUGGAUAUGCGCUCCACUCUACAUCAUCUACCUCCGUAGCCACGACCAUGGCUACAUAUGUAUGAGUCACCUUAACAAAGCUAAAACCGCUGUCGGGUUCCUACUUUGGAUUAUCUGCUGGUCAGAUGUAUUUUAUUCUUUCUGGGAAAUCUCUCACGGCAGCAGAGUCCCAGCACCCGCCCUCUUCGUCAGUCCCACCCUGCUGGGCCUCACCAUGCUGCUGGCCACCCUGCUAAUCCAGUAUGAACGGAUGAAAGGGGUUCAGUCGUCGGGAGUCAUGCUCCUCUACUGGCUCCUGGCGCUGCUGUGCGCCACCGUCACCUUCAGGUCGAAGAUCCUCCAGGCCCUGGACCAGCCAUCAUCAGUAUCUGUGUGGAGGUACACCACCUUCUACAUCUACUACGCUCUGCUGCUAGUUGCUACUAUCCUGUCCUGCCUGACCGACCAGCUGCCUCUCUUCUCCCAGGCUGUUAAAGAUACGAAUCCCUGCCCUGAGCCCGGAGCUUCUUUCCUCUCCAGAAUGACCUUCUGGUGGAUCACCAGGAUGAUGGUGACGGGCUACAAGCGCCCACUGGAGGAGAAGGACCUGUGGUCUCUGAACGCUGAGGACCGCUCACACCGAGUGGUCCCACAGCUGGUGCGACGCUGGAACAAUGAGUGUCAGAAGGUCAAAAAGACAGAACAGAACAUGUUGUACUCGCCGAAGCGGGUUCCCCAGGGCGACGGCAAAGAAGUCAGAGCAGUGGAGGAGUCUGAAAUCUUGAUUGUAAAAGCCCCCAAGAAAACAAAAGAACCGUCCCUGUUGUGGGCGCUGUGCCUGACCUUCGGACCCUACUUCCUCAUCUCCUGUCUCUAUAAAUUCAUCCAGGACGUCCUGAUGUUCGUUGGGCCGGAGAUCCUCCGGCUGCUUAUCCGAUUCGUCAAUGACUCCAGCGCCCCCUCCUGGCAGGGCUUCUUCUACACCUUCCUGCUCUUCGUAUGUACCUGCGUGCAAUCGCUGAUCCUCCAGAGGUACUUUCACGUCUGCUUCGUCUCAGGCAUGCGUCUGCGCACCGCCAUCAUCGGAGCUGUGUACAGAAAGGCUUUGGUCAUUACCAGCGCAGCGCGACGCACCUCUACAGUGGGAGAGAUCGUCAACCUGAUGUCAGUGGAUGCUCAGCGCUUCAUGGAUCUCAUCACUUACAUCAACAUGGUCUGGUCGGCUCCUCUGCAGGUGGUGCUGGCCCUCUACUUUCUUUGGCAGAACCUGGGGCCGUCUGUGCUGGCGGGAGUUGCUGUGAUGGUUCUGAUGGUCCCUGUUAAUGCUGUUAUUGCCAUGAAAACCAAAACCUACCAGGUAGCUCAGAUGAAGAGCAAGGACAAUCGCAUUAAGCUCAUGAAUGAGAUGCUGAACGGCAUCAAGGUGCUAAAGCUGUAUGCCUGGGAGCUGGCCUUCAAGGACAAAGUGUCACAAAUACGCGAGAGUGAGCUGAAGGUCCUGAAGAAAGCCGCUUACCUGGGUGCAAUAUCUACCUUUACCUGGGUCUGUGCACCUUUCCUGGUCGCCCUCUCCACUUUCACUGUGUACGUGCUGUCCAACGAGCACAAUGUGCUCGAUGCCCAGAAGGCCUUCGUGUCUCUGGCCCUCUUCAACAUCCUUCGUUUUCCCCUCAACAUGUUGCCAAUGGUCAUCAGUAGCAUGGUCCAGGCCAGUGUGUCCAUGAAGAGACUCAGAGUUUUUCUCUCACACGAAGAGCUGCAGGAGGACAGUGUUGACCACAAAGCAGUAGCAGGAUCCCCAUACAGUAUUUCCAUAGUGGAUGGUGUUUUCAGCUGGUCCAGAUCUGAAUCACCGACACUCAAGAGGUUGAAUGUGUUGAUCCCAGAAGGCUCUCUGGUGGCCGUCGUGGGACAUGUGGGCUCAGGAAAGUCCUCGCUGCUCUCUGCCCUUCUCGGAGAGAUGGACAAACUCGAAGGAACUGUGGCCGUCAAGGGUUCCGUGGCCUACGUCCCCCAGCAGGCCUGGAUCCAGAACUCCACGCUGAAGGAGAACAUAAUGUUCGGUCAGGAGAUAAGACAGACCUGGUAUCGGCGCGUGGUGGAGGCCUGUGCCCUUGAGCCUGACCUGGAGAUCCUUCCUGCUGGAGAGGAGACCGAGAUCGGAGAGAAGGGAGUGAAUCUGUCCGGAGGUCAGAAGCAGAGGGUGAGCCUGGCCAGAGCCGUCUACUGCGACCGUGCUGUCUAUCUGCUGGACGACCCGCUGUCCGCCGUAGACGCUCAUGUGGGAAAACACAUCUUUGAUCAAGUCAUCGGCCCUCAGGGACUGCUCAAAGACAAGACCCGUGUGCUGGUGACCCACGGAUUGAGCUACCUGCCCCAGACCGACCUGAUCCUGGUCAUGAUGGAGGGAGAGAUCACAGAGGUGGGAUCCUACCAGGAGCUCAUGGCCACAGAAGGAGCCUUCGCCGAGUUCCAGCGAACCUACGCUUCAGUCGAACAAACUGACGACGACGAGUCUGUACCAAACAGCGUAACCAAAGGAAAAGAGAACGGUAGCGUGACCGCUCUCGCAGGGAGUCCCGUUAACAGCAGCACGUCUAAAUCAUCCCUGACGAUCAAGGACGAGAAGGAGCCGGAUAAAAAGGCCAAGAACCCGGAGGUGGGGAAGCUGACCGAGGCUGACAAGGCCAGCACCGGACAGGUCAAGCUGGCCGUCUUCUGGGCCUACAUGAAAGCCAUCGGGGUGAUUCUGUCCUUCGUGAGCCUGCUGCUCUUGAUUUCCCAUCACCUGCUCUCCCUGUUCUCCAACUACUGGCUGAGCCUGUGGACCGACGACCCCGUGGUUAACGGCACUCAGCCGAACAGACAGAUGAGACUCGGGGUGUACGGUGGUCUCGGCCUGUCCCAGGGUGUCGCAGUCUUCGGUUACUCCCUCUCCAUGUCCAUCGGAGGAAUCCUGGCGUCCCGCUACCUCCACCAGUCCAUGCUCUACGACGUCCUGCGCUCGCCCAUGUCCUUCUUCGAGCGAACCCCCAGCGGCAACCUGGUCAACCGCUUCGCCAAGGAGAUGGACACCAUCGACUCGUUGAUCCCCAGCAUCAUUAAGAUGUUCAUGGGCUCCAUGUUCAACGUGGUGGGCUCUUGUAUCGUCAUCCUUGUUGCCACGCCACUGGUGGUCUUCAUCAUUCCUUUCCUUGGUCUGCUCUACUUCUUUGUUCAGAGGUUCUACGUGGCGUCAUCCCGCCAGCUGAAGCGUCUGGAGUCAGUCAGCCGUUCCCCCAUCUACACCCACUUCAAUGAAACGCUGCUGGGCACCUCGGUCAUCCGGGCCUUCGGCGAACAGGAUCGCUUCAUCUCUGAGAGCGACCAGCGGGUGGACCACAACCAGAAGGCCUACUUCCCCAGCAUAGUAGCAAACAGGUGGCUCGCAAUUCGCCUGGAGUUCGUAGGAAACUGCAUCGUGACGUUUUCUGCUCUGUUUGCCGUCAUAGCCAGAAAGAACCUCAGCCCGGGCAUCGUGGGGCUUUCUAUCUCCUACGCCCUGCAGUUGACCACUUCACUGACGUGGCUGGUGAGGAUGUCCUCUGAUGUGGAGACCAACAUUGUGGCCGUGGAGAGGGUGAAGGAGUACGCGGAAACAGAGAAAGAGGCGGAGUGGAGCAACGAGUCCUCCAGCCUCCCCGCGGGUUGGCCCACUCAGGGCUGCAUAGACAUGAGAGGCUUCGGUCUGCGCUACCGCCACGAUCUGGACAUGGCUGUUCGUGACAUCACCAUCACCAUCAACGGGGGCGAGAAGGUCGGGAUCGUGGGCCGGACCGGUGCAGGGAAGUCGUCCCUAACGCUGGGACUGUUCCGCAUCAUCGAGGCAGCGGAGGGAAACAUCUUCAUUGACGGAGUGAACAUCGCUCAGCUCGGCCUCCACGAGCUUCGGUCCAGAAUCACCAUCAUCCCACAGGACCCUGUCCUGUUUUCCGGCACUUUGAGGAUGAACUUGGACCCAUUCGACGCCUACUCUGACGAGGACAUUUGGAGGGCUCUGGAGUUCUCCCAUCUCAAGACCUUUGUGUCCGGCCUCCCUGACAAACUCAGCCACGAAUGUAGCGAAGGAGGAGAGAACCUCAGCGUGGGUCAGCGGCAGCUGUUGUGCUUGGCCAGAGCUCUGCUGAGGAAAACCAAGAUCCUGGUUCUGGACGAGGCCACAGCAGCCGUAGACAUGGAGACGGACAACCUCAUCCAGUCCACGAUCCGCUCUCAGUUUGAAGACUGCACCGUCCUGACGAUAGCUCAUCGCCUCAACACCAUCAUGGACUACACCAGGGUUCUGGUGUUGGAUAAGGGAGAGUUGGCGGAGUGCGACGCUCCCUCCAAUCUCAUCGCCCAAAGAGGAGCGUUUUACAAGAUGGCCAAAGACGCCGGGCUGGUCUGAAGUAGGAGGAGAAGUGGGAGGUGCCUGACUGUGUCCAGCAGCUCCUCCGAGCGCCUCCCAGAUCUCCUGGCUCCUGUCGCAGUAGCUCAGAGCUCACGAGUGACGGGGGAGAGAGAGCAUAAGCUUAAGAUUUUGGGUGUUUGACUGUUAAAGCAAGGCUGCCGAUGAGAGAGACAGAGAGAGAAGGGUAUAAUUUGACAUGCUCCGCCCUGACACUACCGUCCCGCUGUCCCACUCGGGCCCUGAACGCAUCUGCGAAACCUCCCCCCGGUUCUUCUCAGACUGACGUAGAAGUGGGAGGAGUUCUAACAGACGACAUUGUACAUAACGAGAUCACCUCUGAAUGUGUGUGAGUAGUUGAAGUCGGGGGCAAAGAGACGGUUUUUUCCUCUCAGUACAAAAAGUGCCAAAUACGACCUGCGUUUUUCAGAUACUGCCUCUGUAGACAAACAUAAAAACACGUAGAGAGAAGAGAGAGUGUGUUGAGGCUCAACUUUGAAACAAUUCUCAUGUAAAAAUAAAAAAACAACUUGCGUCCACUUUUGCAUGUGGGUUUAGUAGGCGGCGAAUUAAAUCAUCAUCAUCACCACGUCACCAACGCAGCCCUUUUUUUUAAAUUUUUUAUUUUAUUUUUCAUGCUAAGCCCAAACUUUUAAACUUUUUCUCCAUCCGACCAACCCCAGACAGACAGACGCAGCGUCUCAGAGCGAAGUAAUAAUCUGCUUCAGGUCAGUGAGACGCAGCUCACAGGAGGACACGCGUCUUCAGGGUGAGCGGGGAGGCGUCCGGAGCGAACGAAAAAAAAACAUUUACAUCAAAGCUACAAGCGCACAAGCUACCGUGGAGUCCGUCGGAGAGAUUCCACUCGACUGUUACGUUCAGCACUGAUUAUUUAUUCAUUAUUUCAGCUUUAAGUUGACGUGUUGCAGGCUUUACCCGUGUAAUAAAAAGCUUUCGGAGCAGAAGUAUUUCCAGGCGACGAAAGAGAAGAUCAGUUCUGAUGAGACGAGAUGCUGAACGUGUACCAAAACUGACAUUAUGAUCUUUAUUAUACACAGUGCAAAUAUUUGAGUUUGAGUCGUGACGUUACAAUUUAAAAAAAAAAACAAAAAAUAAAUAAAUAAUAAUAAUAAAUAUGUACUUCUGCUCUGACAGCAGCUUUCAAGUUGAUUUGAUGCUGAUGGAAACCUUUGCGUCGUCGUGUCUGAUUCAGUGUGUUAUAUUUGAAUAAAACUAUAUGCUGUACGUCAGUUUUGAUAAAAGUGCUGAUGAUUUAAAAAUGUCUGAUUUGAAUAUCCCACAGUUUUUAGCGCGCACCGUUUGUUACGUUUAUUUACACUCGCAAGCCAUGUCAUCAGUUAUGCAAUACAAAUGCAUUUUAGUACAAAUCUACUCGUUAAUGGUUAUGGUUAUGCUGUUCAGCUUUUAUCUAAAAUAACACAGAGGGUUUGGAGGCUGUGGUUUAUAGUACUGUUGACAUGUAUUGUGUUUCUGUUAUUUUUGACAACUAAAUAACAGAAACACUUUAAUUCAGUAUGACAGCUGUUCUGUUGUGAUGCAUUCAUUUUCAUUAGUGUACUUCAUGUUACUUAUCAAGUUGGUGUAUUUUACAUACCAGAUAUUGAAUGUAUGUUUUCUCAUAAACCUUUAUUCUUUAUAUUAAAAGUAUAUUCCAUCAUGGACUUCUACACAA